AUGGGUUCAUUCAAGUAUGCUUUCAUCGUCUUUUUAGUUUUUACAGUGAUGAUAUCUGUAACAGUUCAGAUUGUUGAGGCCAAACGUAUCUUACAAGAAGAAAAGUCUCUGCCGUCAUUGGAUCUUCAAGUUUCCAAACUGGAUAACCCACAAUCGGUUGGAUUUUGUAAUGAACCUUGCAAACCCUUAUGUUUUGAAUUCAGUUGUCAUUGUGUAUGCCCUGAGCCACCAACACUAUAA